CGAACUCCGUAACGUAGUUACCGUUGCCGUUAUCGACGUCCCUUCUGUUUUCAACAGAAAAACGAUCGCUUUUGCUCCGCUGACCUCUACGUUUUGCUCACUGCUGUAUCAUUCCAAGUGUUUCUUCUUCCAAGAUGAAUACAAGGCUUCACAUUCAAGCUCGGGAGGACAUAAUUCGCUAUUAUGGCACUCCUGCGGCUGUGAGUUUGUGGCCGUCUCAGGAUGAGGAGUCCGACUGUCGUUCCCUGGCUGUGUCCCCUUCCCGUUGUCCCGACCCCCUGAGCGUCUUCACUCCGUUCUGGGCCCGCCCUGUCUACGGUGAGACGCUCCCCGCCCCCGUCACCAUCAACCACGCUGAUUACUAUCCUGCCCCAAGUGACGAUGAUGACAGUGACUACUGGGUGUACGAGGACGAGGACGACCACAGCUUUGUGGAUGACAGAGAGAUUCAUCCCUUUAGAAAGGCGCUGACGAGAGCGGCUGCCUUCUUUAGGAAGAUCUUCUCUUAGACUCCUUUAUCCUUUUAAUGUCUGAAUGUGUGCAAGUGAGUGAAUGAAUGAGCAGGUUUGUAUGUAUGUGUGCGUUUGUGUGAGAGUAAAUAUAAGAUUGAAUGAGCAUGUGUGUGUGUGUGUGUGUGUGUGAGAGAGAGAGAG